ACAUUCAUAAAGGAAAAACUAAAAGCCAAACGGAGCCACAAAAUUUGGCGGGAAACCCGAAAUCAUGAGCUCGUCGGCAGUGGACACGGAGGCGCCCGAUCUACUUUGCCACUUUGACAACGUCCAGGGUCUGGUGGAUGCUUUCACCUCCGUUCGAUGGAAACGCCAUCAGGACGCCGUAAUCGAACUAUCGGAACAUGGCAUCGUUUUGAUCGUUGAAGAAUCCGGCUGUCUUCAGGCCAAAGUGUAUCUGCAGCGUGAGCUUUUCAUUCGCUAUGAAUACAGUGCACAAGCUCGGCCCAGAUUUGGAGUGAGCUUAGGGAUUUUUGUUGAUAGUUUGAAUACAUUUUCUGUUCCUGGACGUUUAAGCACCAUUGAACUCAAAUACCCAGGACCUGACAUGCAACUUCUUCUCAAGACGGUUGAUUCAUUAGAUGCUUGCAUUUAUGCGGAGAUCAGAACCAGAAUCCCAGAUACGAUUUCAUGGGAUUACAAUUUUGAACCUGCUGGAAGCAGCCCACUCAGUUUCACCGUCAAGUCUGCAGCACUGAAGGAAGCUAUUGAUGAUCUUGAAUGGCCUGGAUCAAGUGUCCUUAUAGCUCUACAACCGUCUCCCCCUUCUGUCACCUUCAAAGCUGAAGGCCAUGGAGACUUGCAGGUGGAUUUCAUGUAUUAUGCAAAUACUGAUCUUCUGAUCUCAUUCCAUUGCGAUCAACAAGUAUCCUACAGGUACAAAUACAAGUUUCUCCGUGCGACGACUUCGAACAUACCAAGCAGUGUGAUAAGAGAAAAUAGAGGAAGCAAACUGACUAUUGGGAGAGGAGGAUUGCUAAAAGUUCAACACCUUGUUUCUGUCGGAAAACCAUCAACUUCACACACACAUAUAGAUUCUGCUGGCUAUCAGCAACCCAGUAGAAUUGCUUUCAUUGAGUUCUUUGUAAAACCCGAAGAAGAUUCCCCAAAUGAUUAGUAAACUUUUUUCAAAUAUUAUUAUUUUUCACUAAACACUCAUCUUUAGGGUCAAGACUUACCAAUUAAUUUUAAAAAAAUUAUGAUGAUUUAAGUUUCAUUA